GCAAAUAAUAUCAAAUAACAUGUGAUUUCUGUCCCCAAAUGUACUUCCCUCCACAACAAAAUGAAUUCACCUUAGAAAAUCUUAAAGUUUCAUCCAUUUUUGGCCAAAAGCUCAUCAAUGGCAUCCUUGUUUCUCAAACUACUGCUUCUUAUCACCACAAUGCUGCUCGGUACUGUCAACUCUCAGCUCGAUCGAACCACCUACCAGCUCAUGACUGAGGACGAGCUCGAAUGGCCUUGGAUGAUGUCGGGUACCGAAGAAGGUAGCAAUGGCAUUGAUAGGAGAUCACUUUAUAGGAAACACAUUCGAUAUUACAUUUCGUAUGGUGCACUCUCGGCUAAUAGGAUUCCAUGCCCGCCUCGUUCGGGAAGGUCUUAUUACACACCCGAUUGUUUCAAAGCUAGAAAGGCUGUUAAUCCUUAUACCAGAGGCUGCUCUAGGAUCACUCGUUGCAGGAGGUAAAAAAGAAAACAUUGUUUCAUGUUCCAUUUGAUUUUUGUAUGGCUCUUUUGUCUCCCUCUUUUCACCCAUUGUUACAAUAUGUUUUUUUUAUACAAGUGAAAGGUUUACAAAUCCAACGAUGAAAUUCUAAAUUUUAUAUCAAUUAAUUUGAAAGCCACACAAAUUUACAUGCUUGAUUA